AUGUCGUCCGGCGCGACGCCAUCAGCCGUGGCCGAGGGCAUCACGGAUCCUACCCAGCGACGCUUUCGAGGCAGCGCAAAGAUCUCGGAGUAUGAGGUGAUGAAGGAGAAGCUCGGCGAGGGCACGUUUGGAGUCGUCUCCAAGGCGAAGUCGAAACGGACGGGCAACAUGGUCGCGCUCAAGAAGAUCCUCAUGCACAACGAGAAGGAGGGCUUCCCCAUCACAGCAUUGCGAGAGGUCAAGCUACUCAAAAUGCUGAGCCACCCCAACAUCUUGACGCUGGAGGAAAUGGCAGUGGAGCGGCAGCAACUUGACGACAAGGGCAAGAGCGGCAAGAAGCGUGCCACCCUCUAUAUGGUCACGCCAUACAUGGACCACGACCUGAGCGGGAUGCUGACAAACCCCGACAUUCGCUUCACCGAUGCACAGGUGAAGUGCUAUAUGCUGCAGUUGCUGGAAGGUUUGCGAUAUUUACACGAUUCGAGAAUCUUGCACCGCGAUAUGAAGGCAGCAAAUAUCCUCAUAUCGAAUCGCGGAAUCCUGCAGAUUGCUGACUUCGGUCUGGCACGGCAUUACGACGGAGAGACACCAGUGCCUGGGCAAGGUAAUGGUAAGGCUGUUCGUGACUACACCAGCCUAGUCGUAACCAGAUGGUAUCGACCACCCGAGCUGUUGCUGACUUUGAAACGCUAUACGCCUGCCAUCGACAUGUGGGGAGUGGGCUGCGUGUUCGGCGAGAUGUUCGAGCGGAAGCCUAUCCUCGAAGGACGCUCAGACAUAGACCAGUGUGUACGAAUCUUCAAGCUUGUUGGAAACCCUACAGACGACAGCAUGCCAGGGUGGUCAGAACUGCCUGGGUGUGAAGGUCAGCGAGAUUGGGAGAGGUCCCGCGGCAACAUCGACGAACGCUUCAAGUCAAUUGGCAAGGAAGGUCUGGAUCUGCUGAAGCAAUUGCUAUGCCUCGAUUGGCGAAGGCGGAUCAACGCGAUCGAUGCAUUGCAGCAUCCGUACUUCAAGGUCGAUCCACUACCAGCAAAGCCAGGGUCUCUACCACGAUACGAAGACAGCCACGAGCUUGAUGCUCGAAGACGUGGCAACCAACAAAAAGCACGAGCUGCGCUCCCUCCUGCGCCGGCAGGCGGUACCGUUGGCCUUGGCCCGAACGAGGACAGAUUUCCGAACUCCUAUCAGAACGGCUAUGGCUACGAUGACAGAGGGCCGCGUGGAGGAUAUGGUCGCGAUCGAGGGCCACCUGGCGUGCAGAACGGACCACCGAGAUACGAUGACAGAAGACCACCACCUGCUGCUGGUGCACGAGAGCCAGCGUAUCGACAGGCUGACCGCGCUUUACCACGAGGGCCUCCACAGAACGGUCAUCAGCUACCUCCAAGACCUGACAAUGUGCCGGGUCGACCGUCGGAAGUCCCAACACGAGGACCACCACCAUCCGAGCGAGCACCUCCUAGAGGCGGACCGAACCUGGACACAUACAUACCUUCAUAUCAGAGUGGCGAACGACCGCGAUAUGAUGAUCGUGGCCCACUGCCACCACGAGACGACCGAAGAGAUCCUUACGAUCGACCACGUCGAGACAGCCGUGAAGGCUACAGAGACGCAUACCGCGAUCCAGAUGCACCACCGCCACGGCCGUAUCGCGACGAUGGCCCAGGACGGGCACCAGGGUCUCGAGGCGACCCGUAUCGAGAUCGAGGAUAUCCUCCAUCACGAGACGAGCAGCGGCGGACGAGGAGCAGAAGUCCCGACCGGCUACGUCGAGAAAGACUUCAGGAUAGGGAGCGGGAUCUUUACAGGCGUUAG